AUCACUUCCGGUUCGGUUGUAUUCCAUAACAGAGCUGCGACUGGAGGCUAACGGUAGCUGCACCUAUUGUCGGGAUAUUUUAACCACACAAACAGAGGGGAAACAUGUCGGACACGGAGACGAAACCGUCCAGCGGAGACGGAGGGGACAAGAAGGACGGAGAGUACAUCAAGUUAAAAGUGAUCGGGCAGGACAGCAGUGAAAUCCACUUUAAGGUCAAAAUGACGACACAUCUGAAGAAGCUGAAGGAGUCUUACAGCCAGAGACAGGGUGUUCCAGCAAGCACGCUAAGGUUUCUGUUUGAAGGACAGAGAAUCGCAGACAACCAAACUCCGAAAGAGCUGGGGAUGGAGGACGAGGACGUCAUCGAGGUUUAUCAAGAACAGACUGGCGGACUUUGGAAUGAUUAAACUCUUCUGCAUUUCUAAAUCUUUUUUUUUUUUCCUUUAUUUUGUAUUUUAUUUUGUAUGUAUGUACGUAUAAUUUUGUUUAGUUUCAAACCAUCUGGAUCAAAAGCGACUCUUAUCAGGGCUUCCAUGUGUGAGGGCAGACAGGUGAACAGACUGAGGUAAGGACGGGGAGAAGGACAGCGGCUCACGUUGUCGACCCCGGCAAUAGCAUUCAACGUGAGUGUAACACCCAAAUUUACAUAGGCAGACAUUUUGGUUUUGUUUGGGUUCUUUUUGUCCCGUCUUGUUUUGGGGUGUCAGCAGAAGCAUAUAAUGUCAUCAAGGAACAAUCUGCAUUAAAGGAAUAGUUCACCCAAAACGGAAAAUGUUGUCAUCUAAUUACGAUGUCCAUCUUUAUGCACAGUCUGUGGUAAUAACCAAUCCUCACAGCCAAAAAACGAACACGGGACUCUUUGUCACGGCAGCUUUUCAGAAACAAUUGCGAUGCAUGUUGCGACGUUUCGAGACAUUUUUUGCAAGUGAAGAUCACAAAAGUAGUUGUGAUGCUGUCUCGGAUUCGGACCAAAAUGGCUCGACUUUGUCUGUAAACCUGUUAAUAAGCAUUAAGUUACAUUAGCCGUGUGACGCAAACAGUUAGCCUUGUCACUGAGUGUGUGACUGUCGCUGAGCGAAUCAAUACGCUGCACGCAGCUCCAUAAUUAAAUGAGGUGUCACUCGUUUUAAUUAGUCACAUUUGUGGUAAAGAUGUGAUUGCAGGGUCGCUCAGAAUUCAGGGAUUGGCUGACAAUAGUUGUGAAAUCCUUGAGCGACUCUGUGGACAGACGGAGCAGCAGAACGCCGGUGUAAUUGAAACUUAACAGUUCAAAAGUUUGCUUUCACUCUCAAACAGCUGCUCCUGUCUUCCAUCAACUGAUCAGUUAUCAAUCAGGCGACUCAAACUGCCGCUUAGAAAAAAGGAAGCGCUCCACCUGCGUUGCGUUCAAGGACCUGCAAAAACCUCAUAAUUUCAGGAUGUGACACAAACCGAUACAAGAACACACAGUCAAGGAAAGAGACGGGGCACGCCGCUUUACGACAGCGUUAAAUUUGCGGCAGCCUGCCACGAUUAAAUCAUCUACUGCCACCGUUUUGAUUCACUGUUUUUGAAGCUGAAUCCUGUUGAAAUAUAUGUAUUUCGUUCGGUUGUUUGUAGCACCACGUUCUCGCAGCGCAGAGCGACUCUGGGCACAGACGGAGCAGCAGCACGCCAGUGAAAGUGAAACCUAUUUUCACUCACAAACAGCUGCUCUCAUCAUUCCAUCUGAUCCGAUCAGCGCCUGUGCUGCGUUCAUGGACCCAAGAAAUCUGCUCAUGAUACGAUAUUAUCACGAUACAAUAUAUUGCGAUUUUUUUACCUUAAUUCAGCAGCGAAUUAUGUGCCCAAAGGAAACUUGGUUGUCAUCAGCAGGUUUAUCGAAUAAAAUGUUCUAGUAGGCUCCCAAGAGUUAAGUUUGUCUUUGUCGUAUCGAUAAUUUAUACAAUAAAAAAACGAUACCUGGUGUCCGAUAUGAUAUUGCCACACAAAAAUAUCGUGAUACUGUGCCGUAUUGAUUUUCCCCCCACCCUUCCCGCUGCGCUGAAUCAACUCAAAGGUCUGGAGCUGGUGAUUUUGGGUGCACUUUUCCUUUAACUCUGUGAUUAGAAACACUGGUAUCAUCUUGUAUUUCCUUUGAGGCACAGAUGCAGGUAUUUGUACACACACACACACGUCCUCUGUGUGACGUUCAGGGCCACGCUCCGUCUCUGUGACUCCUCCCACUUUGUCUCUGAUUUGAAUAGAAAGAGCUGCACCCGUCAUAAAAUUGUAAAAUGACUACAGUAACCGACCGAUGCAGAAAUAUCUGAGAUUUUAAAGACAUUUUUAAUGAUCCUUGUGCUUUACUUGUAUAUGUUGUAUUCAGUAUUAGAGUGUUUGAAUGAUAUGCCAUGUGUAUCUCCAGUGUCGUCUGUUUAUUUAUACCUGAGGGAAUCAUUCUGUAUAUCUAAAUAUGUACCCGCUAUGGAAAUAUUUUCGCUGGCUGACGGUCACGCAGUCGGUGUGGCGUCAGCGCUUGUUUUAUAGCUUCUCUUUGUGUUCUUUUGGAAUGAACCUCUUCUUCUGUGUACUGUAUGAAGUUCCUCAAGAAGGUUGGAAUCAUGAGCAGCCCCGAGCGGUGCGCGAGGAGAUGAUGCAUGCUGGGAGGUGAAGUAACUACUCCUUAAAAUUCGAAUUGUCUGAUUAAAGCUGCAGUGGGUGAUGGUUCAACUCAGAUUCUCAGCACCCACAAACGUUGAAUUAAGCGACGCAGCAUUUCCCAGAGGUGUCCCUCAAAGCAAAAGACCACCUCCAUUGGAUUUUCUCGACCCGAUCAUCUCUCCUUGGUGCGUCAGUGGACGGCUCGGCUGAACUCGAGGAGCCGUGACACUGACGUCAUGAGGUGAAGGGACUGUUCAUCAUUAGAGGAACAUUGAUACAGAUGGUUUGAAAUUCUGGAGAUGAGCUUUUUUUUUUUCCUUUUUUUUUUGAAUAAAAUAUUUAAGAAAAUACAA